AUGACAAGAAAUAAAAUGGUAAUUCUGAUCGGUUCUUUAUCUAUCUAUCUAUCUAUCUAUCUAUCUAUCUAUAUAUAUAUAUAUAUAUAUAUAUAUAUCUCAGUCGCCGCCAUUAAUCUUUAUAUUCUGUUUCUCUAUUCUUUCUUUCUUUAUCUAUCUAUCUAUCUAUCUAUCUAUCUAUCUAUCUAUCUAUCUAUCUAUCUCAGUUUCCGCCAUUUUAUAAUCUUUAUAUUCUAUUUCUCUAUUAUUUAUUUCUUUCUUUUAUCUAUCUAUCUAUCUAUCUAUCUAUCUAUCUAUCAUCUAUCUAUCUCAGUUUCCGCCAUUAAUCUUUAUAUUCUAUUUCUCUGUUCUUUCUUUUCUGUUUUCUUUCUUUUUUUUCUUUCCCUAUCUAUCUAUCUAUCUAUCUCAGUCUCCGCCAUUAUUGUCUAUAUUCUAUUUUCUAUUCUUUCUUUUUCUUUCUUUUUUUUUCUAUCUAUCUAUCUAUCUAUCUAUCUAUCUAUCUAUCUAUAUCUAUCUAUCUAUAUAUAUAUAUAUAUAUAUAUAUAUAUAUAUAUAUAUAUAUAUAUAUAUCAGUCUCCGCCAUUAAUGUUUAUAUUCUAUUUUCUAUUCUUUUCUUUUCUUUCUUUCUUUAUCUAUCAAUCUAUCUCAUUCUCCGCAUUAAUGUUUAUAUUCUAUUUCUCUAUUCUUUCUUUCUUUAUCUAUCUAUCUAUCUAUCUAUCUAUCUAUCUAUCUACUUGUCUUUAUCGUCUAUCUGAUGCAAGAAAUGACCUAUUUUGUUAUUAA